GGGAGGAUCCCAUUCUAAGCCAUACAUCUCUUACAGUUAUGAUUCUGCAGCUUUUAGCCUUUUGCCCACAAACCCUAAUUUUGGGUCCACUACCAUUUCUGUACACCUCUCUGCAUUAAAUUUCUCCUUUCCUUCUUCUUCUUCUUCUUCUUCUCAUCUCCCUUUCCUCCCUCUCUCUCUCUCUCUCUCCUACUCUUCUUGAUAUCCAUGGCAUCAUCACCAUUUUAGUUUUCUUCUUCUCUCUUUUUUUUAAUAUAUAUAUUAUGUAAACUUUUCAGGACUAGUACUGGUACUGUUUUGUCCAUAACUUUUCUCUGUACUGCUUUUCUUUUUCUUGCUUUUUUUUCUAAAAAGAAUUUUGUUAGCUUUUAUAUAAACAAAACCCAAUACUGAUUGUGCUCUGCCAUUGGCUGUAAUACUUGUUUGAGAGAGAGAGAGAGAGAGAGAGAGAGAGAGAGAGAGAGAGAGAGAUGGGUCAUCAUUCUUGCUGCAACAAACAGAAAGUUAAGCGAGGACUGUGGUCACCAGAAGAAGAUGAGAAACUCAUAAACUACAUUUCAACCUAUGGCCAUGGUUGCUGGAGUUCUGUUCCUAAACAUGCUGGAUUGCAGAGAUGUGGAAAAAGCUGCAGAUUAAGAUGGAUUAAUUAUUUGAGACCUGAUUUAAAACGUGGAAGUUUUUCUCCUCAGGAAGCUGCUCUAAUUGUUGAACUCCAUAGCAUUCUAGGCAACAGAUGGGCACAGAUAGCUAAGCAUCUGCCUGGAAGAACAGAUAACGAAGUGAAGAACUUUUGGAAUUCAAGCAUAAAGAAGAAGCUAAUUUCUCAUGAUCAUGUUCCAGCUUUAGCUACUUUUGCUGAUAUUCAUAACCCUAAUGGCUCUGAUCAGGAAGCUGCUUUCUUCUCUCUCGGUGCAAACCCUAAUCUUAUCUUGAGUACUGCUGCUCAUCAUCAACAAGACCAGCUAUACCACCUUCCUUCCCCAACUUCAAUGCUACAAAGUUUUGGUCAACAAGGGGAUUUCAAACUCAACCAAUUACCCAAUAAUACUUACAAUCUUGAUUUGCCUCAUUUGGCACCUCAUCAAAUAAUCCCACCACAACCAAAUUCUACUUCUUCUCCCUUUGAUCCAAUGUGGGCAUUGCCUUAUUUACCUCAACACGUUGAUCCAAAUGGUAAUCAAGAAGAUCAAAUAUUGAGCACUGGAAUAGUAGGUCCAUUGCAUUAUAUUGGAGAGAAAUUUAAUAAUGAUCAAAGUAUUGGAUUAAUGGGUUAUGAUCAGAAUCAAGUUAUGGUGCCUAUGAUGCCAAAACUUUGUGAGAUAAUUGAAGGGAGCAGUACUAGUGUUUGCUGCAUCCCAUCAUCAUCAUCUUCACAAGAAGUAGUAGUUGACCCACUAGCUAGACUUCCAUGUUUUCCAUCAUCAUCAGGGUGUUAUCCGCACGACCCGCACGUGACUGCAAAUCAAAUGGAGUACAUUGAUGCUAUCAUGUCAUCACUGCCAUCAUCUUCAUCAUCAUCAUCACUGUCAGCAUUUUCAAAUGGUCAAUUUGGUGCAAACCCUAAUAAUAACAAUAAUAAUCUUCCUUCAACCUGCAGCUGGGACAAUGCCUAGACAUUAUAUUAGGUGGGAUUGUGUAUGGAUCGGAUGGGUAUUAUUCAUUUGAUAUAAUAUAUGCAUUUAUUUCCUGAAAUAUGCAUAAGAUGGUGAGAUGCAACGCUUAUUGGAAAACCUAAAUGUUACUAGUUCAGGAACUCUUCAGUGAGUUAUAUAUAUAUUCUUACUGAGGUUUCAUAAAUAUAUGUGUAGGCUCUUUUGACAUGUUUCUCACCUAAAUUAUUUUCAUGUCAGUAAAUUAUCCUAUACUAAAGUGCCCCAUAUUUUUCUUAUCA